GAAAGCAGUUGCUUAAGUCACCACAUGCGAAAAUCAGCCGCUCUUUCGCGCCAAUCACGAAAACUCUGGCACCGCUGCCCCGAAAUACAACCGGCAUCUUUGUUUCCAUUCCUCCGGCUUUUCGAGAUACGUUCGGCAGUUCGAGAUACGAAUACAUACACUACUUAUAUUUCUUAUUAGUUCCCUAGUUGGGCUCUGAAGAUUGCCAGUUGCCCUUGGAAAAAGUCUAGACGCAGCGGUCAUGGAUUCACCUAAGAAAGAAAAAGGAUUCCUGGAUAAGGCUUCACUGUACGCGUGGUUUAAUUUUGUGCCAUUACCCGAAAACUCUGACCGUUACCCACCGAUUUCAUUGUCAGCCCCUCCUUCUACGGAAAACGAGUCACAGGACACGAAUUCCGAUCCAAAAGAUGGAGAACACUUGGUCGAGAAUGGGAUUAUUACCCACGAUUUGAUUGUUAAAAGCAAUGUAUUCGAGGAUCCCGCUAUACGCAUGGGAUUCGUCCGCAAGGUUUUUGGAAUCCUUUUGGUCCAAUUACUAUUCACGUUGGCUGUGAUAGCAAUAUUUUCUUACCACCAACCCACCAAGGACUUCAUGCAGGAGAACUUCCUCCUAGUACUUGUCGCCAUAAUCGUUAACAUAAUCGUUCUGAGCACAAUCGUUUGUGUGGAGAACGUGCGACGAAGGCAUCCUGUCAACCUGAUUUGCCUGGCUCUGUAUACCUUUACCAUGUCGGUGCUCCUGGGGACCGCAUCGAGCCUAAUGGAUUCCAACGUGGUAAUCUCGGCCGUGGCCAUUACCACACUCCUUGUCAUCGCUCUGUCCAUCUACGCCGUGCAAACCAAAUACGAUUACACAGCUGCUGGAGGGGUCAUAUUGACCUUUGUGAUAAUCCUCCUCGUCCUAUCAGUGUGUGGUCUUUGGAUGCCCGAUUUCGUAGACAGCUUGCCAAUAACUUGCCUAUGCACCUUUAUUGGCUGCUUUUUCUUAAUCGCCGAUAUGCAGUCGAUAGUGGGCGGCAAUCGUUCGGAACAGUUGGAUCCCGAGGAAUACGUAUUCGCGGCUCUCACUCUGUACGUCGAUGUGGUUCGCCUAUUCAUUUACAUCCUUCGGAUUUUGGAAAAAUUCUAUUAGUAUAGCUAAUCCUAGCCACAGCCCUUAAAAACAACGUAUUCCGUUCUUCUUGCUAAGCUUUUGCAGACAUAACCACAUUCAGCUUUACAAAAAGUUUCAAAAAGUGCCAUUUACAAACCAAAAAUUUACCUCAUAUUAACAAUUGGCGAAGCCAGAAAAAGAGUGUUACUUGGUAUUCGUAAUUCAGAAUUUUAUUAACUUACUUUUUGGCUCGUCUUGUUCUAGGAUAGUUACAUUACAUUUAUAUUUAUAUAUAUAUAUAUAUACUGUAUAUGUUUGUCUACGCGUGAGUAACUAUAAAAUACAAUCACAAAAUGUA